CUUUAGUCUUUACCUUCUAAAUUACUUAAGAAAUGGCUGCAGAUGAUGUCCCUUGCUGUGAGACUAUGUUCUGGGUGUACCUACUCGUAUGUGUUGCUCUUGUGGCUUUUGCAGGUUUGAUGUCAGGACUGACUAUUGGGCUCAUGUCCCUUAGUCUUGUUGAGCUCGAGGUCAUGAUCAAAGCCGGUGAACCCCACGAGCGCAAAAACGCUGUUUGUACUGACUCUGUUUUCAAUAAAAUCCAAAAGGCUCUACCAAUCUUUGUCGAUUCGCUGCUUCCAGCUUGGGGUGCUAUUCUGAUAUCCGUGACUCUCAUACUUGCAUUUGGCGAGAUUAUACCUCAAGCUGUAUGCUCUAGAUACGGGCUGAGCAUCGGGGCAAAGCUAUCAGUUUUGGUUCGUUUGAUUAUCAUAGUCUUCUUCCCAUUAUCUUAUCCAAUCAGCAAGCUACUCGAUUUGUUGCUUGGAAAAAGACAUUCCACACUUUUGGGACGAGCAGAACUCAAGUCACUUGUGUAUAUGCACGGAAAUGAGGCUGGAAAAGGUGGUGAACUGACUCACGAUGAAACAACAAUCAUAUCAGGAGCUCUGGACAUGUCUCAGAAGAGUGCCAAAGACGCAAUGACACCAGUCUCUCAGAUCUUUUCACUCGAUAUAAACUCUAAGCUCGACGAAAAGACAAUGGGAUUAAUAGCAAGUGAAGGCCAUAGCCGAAUACCUAUAUACUCUGUGAAUCCUAGCGUUAUCAUCGGAUUUAUUCUGGUAAAGAACUUGAUCAAAGUCCGCCCUGAAGACGAGACACCGAUCAGAGAUCUCCCUAUCAGAAGAAUGCCCAGGGUCGAUUUGAAUUUACCUCUCUACGACAUCCUCAACAUCUUCCAAACAGGUCGAAGCCACAUGGCUGCUGUCGUUGGGACCAAGAACUAUACUAAUACCAACACUCCAGUCCACGACAAGAGCAUCAAUGGAACACCUAAUAAAGACGCUAAUGUUGUUCUGAGCAUUCCUGUGAUGAACUCCAGCGAAAGUAAUCGUCAAACUCCAAUCCGAUACAUCGAUAGCAUUGCUGAUGAAGAUGAAGAAAUCGUUGGGAUUAUAACUCUGGAAGAUGUUAUGGAAGAACUUAUACAGGAAGAAAUAUUUGAUGAGACGGACCGAUACGUCGAACUUCAUAAAAGGAUAACAAUAAACAUGCCACUAUCGGGAAUUUCGCCGGAAACUGCCACUUGGGCUUCAGAGCUGGCAUCUCCUAUCUCACCGUAUCGCUCAAGUCCUCUGUCACCGAGCCUCAUGAUCUCUACGCUGCUCCGGUCACCAAUAAAUUCACCUUACCGCCACCAGUCUUUGUUUCUCCGGCCAACACUUCACGCUUCUCCACCGGCACAACCUCCUUCCGUGCUCUCUCGGGACAGUAACGAGCGUUAUUACUAUCUAUCUCCUAGUAGGGUGUUGAGGAAAUCUUAUGAAAAGUUAUCAAGAUCAAAUGGACCCAAGGGGUUUCAAUCUACUAAAAGCUCUGAAAACCCGGGCCGGCCUGACCCGGACCCGGAAGACGACCCGCCAAUACCUCAAGAAGUGUUCGAGCGGAUGAUGGGAAGGAUCGUCGUGUCGGUAGGAACACCACUAGGCCUAGGAGUGGCAAUCUUGAAAAUACUCGAAGUCUUGAAGGAUAGGAAAGUCUGGGACGUGCCGUUGUGGGUUCCAUUCUUGACCACACUCGUGACCUUUGGUUCGUCGGCUCUUGGGAUUGCGUACGGAAGCUUGUCCACAAACUUGGACCCGACCAAGACUAACUCUCUUUUCGGACUCAAAGAGGCAAAGGAGAAUUGGGUAGAGAUGUGGAAAGAAGACUAAUGAUGGUAAUGUAUGAAUGAUAAUAAUGUUGAUUUUUUUAC